AACCUCCGACUUUACUGGAGAGGUUCGACGAAGAUCAUUGCUUCAUAAAUCGAUUUCACAGUUUCGGGGCACAUCGAUGGAUUCGGCGUUUGUGGAUAGAGCUUGGGAAAAAUGGGUUACGGGUAACGUCGGCUCUUCAGGACAUCCAUUGAAGGCUGCUGUUUUGAUUAACUAUGACCCUACACUACCUUCUCGUCUAUUGUCAACAAUAGCUGAACAAGAAGGGAUUGAUAUCUAUCCAGUUGAGCUUAAGCAAUUCACCGAUUUCAUGAGACGUGGCAAUCUUCCUACCGAGACCUUUGUUCUUGGAUCCAACCAAUACAUAAUAACAUCAAUUCACGAGAAUUGGUUUGCUGCUCGGUGCUUAAACACUACGCAGCCUGCUGGCGAAGGAGCUAUUGUUAUGCAGACUGCAGUUUACGUAUUGGUUGCUCUAUAUGAUGGAUCAAUUGGUUCAGCUUCUCAAGCUAUGGCUGCAGCUGAUCAGUUUGCAUCGCAGCUGAGUCGGAAAAACUUAUAGCUUCAUCUUUUGCGAAGAUCACGAGAAAACACUAUUCUCUGUUGUUAAAUUACUUAACUUUGAUUGUGGUUUGAGAAGUAUCUACGAGUUUCGAUAAAUUGAUCUU